AUGUUCUGCCAUGCAGAGAUGGUCAGCAGUCAGCCUCUUCCCAUAGCAGACAAUGGGAAAAGGAAAAAGAAAAAAAGAACCAGAGCCACAGAUCAUGUCCCUGGGAAGUUUGAAGACUUGUACAAGCUGACUGCUGAGCUUCUUGGUGAAGGAGCAUAUGCCAAAGUUCAGGGUGCUGUCAGCCUCCAAACUGGGAAAGAAUAUGCAGUAAAAAUCAUUGAAAAAAAUGCUGGGCAUAGUCGGAGUCGGGUUUUUCGUGAAAUAGAAACGCUGUACCAAUGUCAAGGUAACAAGAACAUUUUGGAGUUAAUAGAAUUCUUUGAAGAUGACACAAGAUACUACCUUGUCUUUGAGAAGCUGCGAGGAGGUUCCAUCCUGGCCCAUAUACAAAAGCGGAAGCACUUCAAUGAACGAGAAGCUAGCAAAGUGGUGAGAGAUAUUGCCUCUGCUCUGGAUUUUCUUCAUACAAAAGGUAUUGCUCACAGGGACCUGAAGCCUGAAAACAUCCUAUGCGAAUCUCCAGAAAAGGUAUCACCAGUAAAAAUAUGUGACUUUGAUCUUGGUAGUGGGGUGAAGCUGAACAGUGCAUGUACUCCAAUAACUACUCCCGAAUUAACAACGCCGUGUGGGUCUGCAGAAUACAUGGCACCUGAAGUGGUUGAAGUCUUCACAGAGGAGGCCACAUUCUAUGAUAAGCGGUGUGAUCUUUGGAGCUUGGGAGUGAUUCUGUACAUCAUGCUCAGUGGUUACCCCCCUUUUGUGGGCAACUGUGGCACAGACUGUGGCUGGGACAGAGGAGAAGUCUGCAGAGUUUGCCAGAACAAGCUUUUUGAGAGCAUUCAGGAAGGCAAGUAUGAAUUUCCUGACAAGGACUGGUCGCAUAUAUCCUCUGAGGCCAAAGAUCUCAUCUCAAAGUUACUGGUUCGUGAUGCCAAAGAACGACUUAGUGCCGCUCAAGUUUUGCAACAUUCAUGGCUUCAAGGACAGGCUCCUGAAAGGGGAUUACCAACCCCUCAAGUUCUGCAAAGGAACAGUAGCACAAAAGACCUGACGCUUUUUGCUGCUGAGGCUAUAGCCCUUAACCGCCAGUUGUCUCAGCAUGAGAAUGAACUCAGCGCAGAGCAGGAGAAUGUUGCCCAUGCCGUGUGCUCCAUGAAGCUUUCUCCUCCAUCCAAGUCCCGCCUCGCCAAGCGCAGAGCAAUGACGCACGCCACCAAAAACAGUGACUUUCAGCCAGUUCCCCAUAAAGCUUUUUAA